GGCGUACCCGAGAGCCUGGUGUGGAGCUAUCAGAUGACUGCAGCAGCGACAACGCCCUUAGCAGGAGCCGUUGACUUGGCUACCUCGUGUGUGACCGUGGAGGCCUUCAAGCUGUCCCUGUGGUUGGCAUCGUCGCGAUCUGUGCCUGUUGCUGUCUGCAGAGUUAUAGGACCACGUGGAGGACGAAGGUUGGGCUGGACCGAAGUGCGACUUCAAAGAUGAGCCUCUCAACCAGUGCAAAAAAAGAAGAGAAGCAACAACGAUGGCGCCGUUAGCAACGACACAAUUCUUCCUGAGCGUCCCCGUAGGAUAAUGAAGACAAACUUCUGAUGUUACGACAGAAAGUGUACAAAUAGUAAGCGCAUAGU